CACAGGGACGGUGUGUGCAUGUGUGUAUGUAUGUGUGUGUGUAAGGCAGCGUGGAUGAGUUCAGAGGAGCAAGGUAUGGAUGGCUGGACAAUAAUACUCAAUAGGCAUUUUAAGCACUUACCAUGAACAGAAAAAAAGGAAGGGUUUGAACAACUGUUUAAGCCACCCUUAUAUAAAGCACAACAAAUGUAAUCCGUACCAUUCUAAAAUUCUGCAAGAUCACUGCUUUAUGGCUAUUUUAAGCAACUAAACCAGGAACAAUUCUUUUUCUUUCUUUUUUUUUUUUUAAAGUUUUUUUUUUUCCGCCUGGGACAAUAUUGUUUUUUAUUGUGGAUUUUUAACAACCUACAAGCUUAUUAUGUGCCUGAGAUAUUAAAUGCACCUAGAGUUUUAUGGAUGCUUUUCUUUUUUAUUUUUGUGAUCUCCCUCCUGUAUUUGGAAAUGUGUGUAUGUGAGUGUGUGUGUGUUUUGUAAAUGUGAGUUUAACCUCUUCCUAAUCCUUCGGAUUUGUACAAUGCUUAAGGUUUUAACAAAGAAGCUCAGGAACCAGAGUUUAAAUGAAAUCCAGCCUUUUCAACUAAAGAUUGCCUGCACCCCGAGUGAUGAAGACGAUAGUGACGAUUCUGAAGGAGAAAAUCAUGAACUUGCACAGAUUGACAAAGAAAGAAGACGAAAUUGCAUUUUGACCCCAUUGACAACAAACCAACUACAAAACCAAGAAAACCAGUGCUGUAAAGUGCGUACUCUGUUUCACUCAGGCCUGGAUCGCCAUAGCUCAGAAGAGGAAUUAGAAAGAAUCAGCCGGGAGUUUGCUGCAGAGAAACGCAAGUGGUCACAGGUUAGCAGACUGAGUUGUCAUAGUGACAACACCUCCUCUAGUGACGAGGAGGUGAAGCACCUGUGUGGCAUGUCCUUUAGGCCUGUGGAGCAAGUUGAUGGCUUGCAUGGAACAUCUAGUCCUGUCUUGUUUAGUGCUUCACCUCCCAAAAGACUACAGUCAUUGUCUCGAAAUACAGCACCCCGUCCUAUUAUAUUCACCAGUGUGGGGUCCAGUUUAGACCAAGGAAUGCCAUGCAAAAGACACAGACAGGGAUAUGGAGACAAGGCUAGUCGGCCCAGCCUUGAUUUGGAAAAGAUGCAAGAGAAAAUGCUGCUUAAGAAGAACUGUGGAUCAAAGACUAGGGUUAUUAAAAUACGAAAUAUCAACGGUAAUCAUCAGGCUCCACACUAUGUGUAUGAUCCAGCAAUAUUUGCUUUCCGUUCCCUAAGCACCAUAAAGCCUAUCAGCCCAAUAGUUCCUAUUGAAGAACCUUCACGUGCCUACUAAAGAAGAACCCAUCAAUAAUCUCAGGACCCUCAAAGAUCGACCAACCCGCCUUCAGCAGCAAACCUGUCGCUAAAAGCAAUAAGGAUCCUUUCAGAUAUCUGUUUUCUAUAUUGUAUUAAUACCAGCACUGGCAUAUUGUCAGAAAAAGAAAAUUAGUUGAUGUACAAUCAAGCUUUAAGCCUAUGCUUUUCACUGUUGUAAGCAAAACUGCAAGAAAAUACAGUGAUUUUAAUGAACAUGUUCAUGGAUUUUAGUUAGAUUGGAAGUAAUGUCCUCCGAAUGAACCUGCAAGUCCUCCAUUUAAUUAAUACAGAAGUAGAUGAACUUUUUAUUGGCUUAGCUCUGGUUAGUUUGUUUAUAUAGGACGGACAACAACAUCAGUGGAAGCUCAAUGAAUAUAUUGCAUCUAACAGGUGGACUCAACAGUAGAAUGUAAGAGGUUUUCUUAAAGACAAAUUUUCAAGGACCAAGACAAGAUUUACAGGGGCCUCUGUACUUGUCUAGGAGAGGCGAUUGAUGUAGGUGCCUUUGACAGUUAAUAGCUGUGUUAAAAACUGCUGUGUAUUUUAGAAUAACUGCUUUGUAUUAUGAAGAUAUAACUUGUGAUCCAAUGGGCAGUUAAUCAGUAGAAUGGUAGUAGCACACAUCGCCCAUGUGAGGCAUCUCAGAAUGUAUUGUUAUAAUGAACAAAGAGUGGCUUAUUUCAGUGCUGUCACCUGUCUUGGAAAAUAUUACAGUUUGGUAACUAUCUUACAAAUGCGUUUAAGCCAAAACCAACCCAAGCAAAAAAAAAAAAAAAAGUACUACUGGUUGGAUGAACUAAUCUUCAAACUGGCAGCAAUGUAGCACAGUUGAGUGGCUGGGAAACAAGUAGCCUGGGUUGCACUAUAUAUAGCUUUAAUCCAAGUGUUAUUCUUGCAUAGUGAGCAGUUGUGGAUAUCCUUUAAAAGUGACUUCCCAUUAGAAGGCAUUAAGGACAAUUCCAGCUUUUCACUGACUUUUUUUUUGUCCACCAUGAGAUAAAUGCUUCUUCCACAGGGUUAUAAGAGAGAGCUGCUGUUUGUAUGCAACGAUUUACUGGUUUUGUAGAAUGGAAUAUAAGAAAUUUCAGUUCUUUUUAGUCUGUGGCCUUUAAAGAGCCUUUUUGUAGUCUGUUGGCAUUAGGACGAGUGAAGGGUCUUGGGAAAAAUGCUGGUCAUGUUUUAUUCUGGAUCUGAAACUCACAAAUAGCAGCAGAAAAAUGCCUUUUUAGUGUCUGUCACUAGUAAUGAAAAUAUUUGUCUGCCCCAUUUAUGUGAUGGCACUUACUAAGAUAUAUAUAUAUAUAUAUUUUAAAUUGAACACACAUUUGGAUAUCAAAAUGGCACUAUAACCCCAGGACAUCCAGUCAAUGUUAUUAGAAAAGUAUUAAUCAAUACUUCUAUAACAUCUGGGUUCAAAAUAGCAUAGCACAGGUUUCUCCCACUGGGGACGCAAUGGGUGCUUUAGUUCCGUUUAGCAAUAUCUUUCUUAUUUGGCUUUUGUAAAGCAGUCCUGUUUAAGAAUAUAUUAAUUAUGGACCAGGUUAUAUACUGUAUACAUUAAAUUCCCUACCUUACAUUUCAAACAACAAGUGGUAAACAUUAGAAUAUAGUUGUACAUGAAAAAUAAAUUAUUUGAAGUCUUGCAAAUCAGAAAGCAUUAGCUGCCCGUGAUUAUACUCCCUUUCUGUAUUGGACAAAAUAUUUUAAAUAGAAUUCAGGGAAUCACAAUCUGUACAAGUAUAUUGAAUACCUCAUGGAUGACAGUAAUGGAAAAAUCCAAACAUUUUGUGAAAAUGGUAAUGUUUAGUGGACUUCAGAAUAUUUAUUUUUUAUGCAUUGAAACUGAAUAUACAUUUCAACAAGUCCAUUUAGAUGUAAUGAGGAACAUUUUUUUUAUUUAUGUCCCUUAUAUGUUAUUGUUAAGAAGAGUGCACCAUGUCAAGCUAUACACUAACAUGCUGAAAGAGAAUUGCAUGACUAAUUCAUUGAUCAACUUGUCUUAGCAUUGAAUGUAGAUCCUCUUUUUGGAAUUUGAAGUCAUUUUACAAUUAUCUACCACCACAAGAAAUCCCACAAUGCAAUGUUGCACAUUUUACUUUUUUUAGAUUGCCUGAAUGUUCGUAGCUAAUUCAUGUUACAGGGUAGAUUCUAUUGCAGAUGUAACAAUGACUUAAUGGUACAUACGUCUACAUAGACUUUAAUAAAGUUUCUUUUGGUUACAGUUAAGUUUAACAAUGUAAUAUAAUCUAGCCCUAUAUAAUUUGGUAUUGGUAAAUGGUGUACCUUUUUAGGACCAGACAAAACAUAAGGUGACUACAACCUUGUACAAAUGACAGUGGUAAAUUUUACAACAGGACUGGAAUCUGAAUCAACUCAAAAGGAAAUACUGGACAGAACAUUUUUUAGGGGUAGGUUGCUAUUUCAAAUGUUCUCUCCUCUUUACAAGCGCACCAUGAUUGUUUAUAUUCACUUUAAAUGGAUAAGAUUACUAAAGGAAACUGCAAGGCUUACUAUUAGUAUGUUAUCUUGCAAAUCAACAAAACAUACUUAAAUAUGUGAGCCAUCUGAAAAUAGAAAGAUGACUGUGGUCUUUGCUUUGAUAGCUAACAAAUAUUUUUAUACGUGUAUUUUUGUAAGAGAUAUACAUUGUUUUUUUUCUAAACGCUUUUUUAGUGUCUGUAAACCAGCUAGAUAACCACUUCUUUCUAACAGGGUUUAUUAAAUCACAUUAACGUUUCAUAUGUGAUAUUUUGUCCCCUACCUAUGAAAACGAGUAAUAAGUGCCACAAUAUUAUGUUGUUUUCAAUAUCAGAGCAGCACUCUAUGGGGCCUAUUUAUCAUAUGUCUGUCGGACCUGAUCCGACAGUGCGGAUCAGGUCCGAUAGACAUUGCUGAAUGCGGAGAGCAAUACGGUCUCCGUAUUCAGCAUUGCACCAGCAGCUCUUGUGAGCUGCUGUUGCAACGCCGCCCCUGCAGACUUGCGGCCAAUCAGCCACCAGCAGGGGGGUGUCAAUCAACCCGAUCGUACUCUAUCAGAUUGAUUUCCGGCGAUUCCUGUCCGCCUCAUCAGAGCAGGUGGACAGUGUUAUGGAGUAGCGGUCUUUAGACCGCUGCUCCAUAACUUGUGUUUCUGGCGAGUCUGAAGACUCGCCAGAAAUAUGGGCCCACAAGCUCCUUACGGAGCUUGAUAAAUGGGCCCCUAUGUGCCUAUGUCUUAAGACAUAAAUACCAAGUGUUUGAGGUUUAGCUUGAGUAUUUCUCUUAGUCCAAAUAUCUUUCAGACCUAAAAAAUAAGCUUUUCUGAUUGAUGCAUAAUCUGUUGUAUAACUGUGUGGGCUCAGUUUUAGUUUGCAUGAGAGUUGGUCUGAAAGGCUUAGUUCAGAAGGUCGUCUCAGAUACUACUUACAGGGCCAUCUACAUGAACCUGUGGCACCACUAAUCUAAGGAUGUUGGAUGCAAUGUACAACAAACAAGAAAACAAGACUUGCUGUAAGAAUGUCUGAGAGCAGGAAAAUAAAACCUGUGAAUUACA